AUGCAGUAUGCUCCGUUUGCCUCGGACAUCGAGUUGCCCUUUUACACGGCGCUAGCCUCACUUAAGAUCAACCAUGACAAGCUAGAUGACUCCGCCCGUCCCGUCCUGGGACUCUAUGAGAUCCGCUCCACCGACCCUGACAAUGGUUCUUGCCGAAUGCAGGUUCAUGGGAAUGCCCUGACUGCCCAUGAAGCGCCAGCAGGCUACUACCGCGCUGAGGGCACCAUUAAGAAUGUGAACACCAUCGAGCAAUACCACAAUUUGGACAAGUCCUACAUGAUCACCCAGGCGGGCAAAACGAUCUGGGAUGCCAUUAACGACGGCACCAUCUACUCUUGCCCGUCCUUGCUGUCGUCCUUUGUGAUUCUGUCAUUUUCUGACCUGAAGAAAUACAAAUUCUCUUACUGGUUUGGAUUCCCUGCUAUCCACUCCGACCCGCCGUGGGUGCCCAUGGAAACGGCGAAUUCCCAACCCAAGACCACCCAAAGCGAGGAAUUAGAAGCGCCUCAUGGGGAAUAUCUAUACCCAGAAGAGAGCAGCGCACUCGUUGAUGCAGUGCAAACCUGGAGCUACAGCAUUGACGAUCGCCAGCGAGGGUUCUUCUUGGCGCGUAAACAGAAACAACAGUCCAACAACUCUACCGACAGCAGUUGGCGAAUAGCUGCGCUAUCGGAUUACGAGAAUGGCUUCUUUAACGGCGCUGCGUUGAAAGAUCGCUUUAUUUGUGUUGCAGACCCCUCUAACUACGAAAAGGCGCCAGGGUGGAUGUUACGGAAUCUCUUGGUUCUUGUUCGACAACGAUGGGGCCUUAGUGAGGUGCAGAUUCUGCGAUAUCGUGACAUCCACUCAAAGCGUGACCAGGGUCGCAGUAUGGUUCUGCGACUUCAGUCCAAGCCGGGAUCAGCGAAACAGCAAUUCCAGAGUCGGCUGCCAAAAAUAACGGGCUGGGAGCGUAACCCAGCAGGGAAAUUAUCCGGGCGGACUGUCAGUUUGACAGAGUAUAUGGAUCCCACAAGACUGGCCGAUCAAUCAGUUGACCUUAACUUGAAACUCAUGAAGUGGCGGAUAAGCCCCUCGCUCAAUCUGGAGAAGAUAAAGAAUACUAAAUGUCUACUGCUUGGUGCAGGUACUUUAGGAAGCUACGUUGCACGCAACCUCUUAGGUUGGGGGGUCAAGAAGAUUACAUUCGUGGAUAAAGGCAAUGUCUCAUUUUCCAACCCCGUCCGGCAGCCGCUGUUCACCUUUUCGGACUGUUUGAACGGCGGAGCACCGAAAGCAUACCGAGCAUCGCAAGCUCUCAAAGAAAUUUACCCCGGGGUUGAUACCGCUGGUUAUCAUCUGUCGGUACCCAUGGCAGGACAUCCAAUUAUGGAUGAAAAUGCAACACGAGCAGAUUUCGGGGCGCUUCAAGCGUUGAUUGAUGAACAUGACGCCAUCUUCCUCCUCAUGGAUACGCGGGAAUCUCGUUGGCUCCCAACUGUCAUGGGCAAGGCAGCUGGAAAGAUCGUGAUGAACGCCGCCUUGGGAUUUGAUUCGUUUGUGGUGAUGCGCCAUGGCGUGGCAGCAUCCGCAAAUGAGGCGGCGGAACUCGGCUGCUACUUUUGUAAUGAUGUUGUGGCGCCGGCUAACUCGAUAAAGGACCAAACACUCGACCAGCAAUGCACCGUUACCCGCCCAGGGGUAGCGGCUAUAGCAUCCGCACUCCUAGUUGAGUUGCUCGUUUCGGUUCUCCAACACCCGCAAGGAGCUACUGCACCAGCCCCCUUGAACCGAAGUCACGAGCGAGGAGACCACCCUUUAGGGCUUGUGCCGCAUCAGAUUCGGGGUUUCCUCGCCACUUUUGAGAACAUCGCUGUCACAGGGAAGAGCUACAUAUGCUGCAGUGCCUGUUCGGAAAGAGUCACGAAAGAGUACCAGGAUCAGGGCUGGAAUUUUGUGCGAAGGGCCCUCAAUGAGCCCGGAUAUGUGGAGGAGCUAAGCGGACUUAAAGAGGUCCAUGAAAAGGCGGAGGCGUCGCUUGCUGAUGUAGAGUGGGACGAGACCUCUGAGAAUGAAGAGGCCGAGAUUGUCUAG